AGCAAGCCACUAGGGUUUUAAGAGAAGACCAAAAUGGCUUCAAAAAGAUCAGCUUCCAUGGCCCUCUUUCUAGCACUCAACAUUCUUUUCUUUUCCCUAGUCAGUGCUACUUGUCGAUCUUGCUCUUCUUCCAGCUCUAAUCUCACCCCCACCCCCACUCCAUCUGCACGAGGAAGGUGCCCCAGGGAUGCUCUUAAAUUAGGUGUAUGUGCCAAUGUGCUUAGCUUAGUCAAUGUCACUGUUGGUUCACCCCCAGUGAUGCCAUGUUGUUCCCUUCUCAAUGGCCUCAUUGACCUUGAAGCUGCCGCUUGCCUUUGCACCGCUAUCAGAGCUAACUUCUUAGGCCUCAAACUUAAUGUCCCAGUUUCCCUCAGCUUGCUUCUCAACGUUUGCUCAAGGAAUGUUCCUACUGGCUUCCAAUGCUAA